AUGGACCUCGCUAUCCCUAGCUCACGAACAACACCCUCGUCUAGCCAAACGCUCCUUGAGCUUGCCGAGAUACUCCGGGAGCUGGCCGACAUGCAGGUCAAGGGAGAAAUGAAGGACGUAGAGAGCGUGCCCGAGUUUCACGACUUUAUCCAACAGCUUUGCCGAAAGGCACCGGCCUUUGCGCAAGCCAUCGCUGCCGCAAUUCGCGAAAACACCGCAGAUCCGUCUCCUCGCCUAUCCUCGAAACGAAAACGGAGACACGAUCCGUCUUAUCGGCCGAGUUACCCAGUGCAACCCGCCCUAAAGAAGAGGCAUUGUAUGAACGCAGUUGAUGAGCCUACGACUCCUGAGAGUCCGAUUUUGGAAGGCGAAACCGAGGAUGCACUGGAUUCUAUAGUCUGUGUUAACACGACUGAACUCAGAUCCUCGUCUAAGCACGAGAAUAAGUCAGACCUCACGACGCUUGCCGUGCAUCAAAAUGCCCCCAAAAGCGAGAACAUGCAUAGCAGCACAGUGCCGACAUUCCUCAAUGGGGAGCAGACAGAGCCGCCACCUACGCCCGAAGAUCUCACUAAGGAUAUGUCCUUCAAGGAUAAAAUCCAUCAGAUGAUCGACAUCGUCAACCUGCUCAAAAAAUACCCGAACGAUCUGCCGCACACUGUUCAUCAGAAAAUUCUGCAAAGUCUUCACACCAACCAGGACCCAAUCAUCGGAUCAAAAGCCAAUCAAUGGUCAGACGGGAGAACGUGGUUGAAGGUAUUAGAGGGAGGAUCCGCCACAAAUCAUCGGUGUACUGUAUUCAAUAUGCUGGAAUACAUAGGCGCCUCGCAAUGGUAUGACGGCCAGAUUGAGGUGGCAAAGCAAAUGGUAUUCACCAAGCAGAACAAGCCUGUGGGUGAGAAGGGAGCAGCAAUGCAUGUGCUAGACCGUAUCACCCAUGAGCAUAGCUUGCUCAAUAGAAAAGUCAUUACCAACCAGUUCUCCAGAGGGAAGAAAUUGCGCGUGCUUGUCAAGGAACUCGGGCUAGGUAUCCUAUUUAGCCCCAAGAUCUGGAGUUACACCAAGAGAAAAGAGCCUCAAUUCGAUCAGCUACUCCAAGAACUCAAAGCAGAUACUCAAUGGAUGGCUCUAUUUCGACUUCUUACUCCGCAGGUGGAACAGCUGGUUCAAAGUGGCUCCACUGAUCCAGAAGCGUUGUAUAACUCUUUCAGGCAGCAUGAUCUAGUCUCUGAGGAAGAGCUCCAGGAAUUGAAAGUAAAAUAUGCUUUGGAACACGUGAGAAUCCUACCAUCUCAACUCCUGGAUAGAGCUGACAGUAGCAAGGAUCCGCUUCUAAACGGAGCUCUGAAUACGGCAUAUGAUCAACUGGUCAGUCGGAUCAGCACUCAGGUAUUCAAUAAGCGGAGUUUAAGUGACCAUGAUACAUGCAUUAUCGACCACAGCCUGAAAUUACCAGCCGAUAUCUUUUAUGCCUUGCGCCCCGGGCAAUGGCUCGACUGUUGGGUCAUUAAGGUAGCUAUGCAUAUAGCAGACCGGCCAGCUUUCGUGCAUUUUCGCGAGAGCAUUCCGGUGAAUGACAUCGGAAGACACGGUCGAAUGAGAUCGAUAACAAAGCCCUUUAAAGCCUGGGCAAAGGAGAUGGCUGAGCUUCGUAGGAAAACAGCAGUUGGACUAGAAGGCAUUGCCCCUCUAAUUUUCUACUCUCCUGUCCAUCAUACGCAUUCGCAUUUCACGUUACUCGAGAUCGAUGAUAGUGAAAAAGUGAUCCGCCAUUAUGACUCACUGGCAGAGCCGACGACUAUCAACGGCACGAAGAAGACGAGAGUUGCCACUCUGGUUGAGGCAAGUUCAGCAUUGAAGACGGCAGAAGCAUUUUCUAACGAUUUACCUACACCGCAACAGAGCGACGACUGGAGUUGUGGAGCUCGGGUGAUAUGGGCUUUCAGAAAACGAUGCAAUGGAUUUGAUAUCGGGUCGUGGGAUACCGUGCUGGACUCAGAACGCAUACAGUUGGAUAUCGUCAACAGUCUUAUCGCUUGUAUUGAUUCGAGCGCUAUGCAAAAGUACAGCCGAGGCCGCGACCGUGGAGUCAGGAAUGAUGCAUCAUUGCCAGAUGUGUUUAGUGAGGAAAGGUCAGAGCAGGGAUUUCAACGCGUCAAGAUGCCACCAAUUCGCGAUAAAAACAAAAAGGAUUUAGCUGAGCAAGAGGGCCGAAUCUUAUUAGCUAUUUCCGAUUUACAAAAUGGACGAAUUUUACGCGUGGCUCAAGCUGCAAGAAUUUAUGAUAUAACGCGGUCAACUCUACAAAAGAGAUUAAGCGGCAUUCAACCAAGAUCUCUCGUACGCGCCAACAACCAUAAAUUGACUCAAUUUGAGGAAGAAUCGCUUGUCAAAUGGGUGCUUGAUCUAGAUAAACGUGGAUUACCCCCCCGGCACUCUCUUGUACGAGAGAUGGCUAAUCAUCUUCUCUCACAACAUGGAAAUCAACAGGUUGGAGAGAAAUGGGUAUACAAUCUUGUUCAACGUCGCCCAGAGAUUGAUUCAAAAUUCUCACGAAGAUAUAACUACGAACGAGCCAAAUGCGAAGACCCGAAGAUAAUUCAAGAGCAUUUUGAUCGCGUACGAGAGGUUAUAUCUGAAUAUGGAAUCUUACCGGAAGAUAUCUACAAUUUUGAUGAGACUGGCUUUGCUAUGGGACUCUGCGCGACUGCAAAGGUUAUAACAGUAAGUGAUCGAUAUGCUCGGCCAAAGUUAUUACAGCCUGGAAAUCGAGAAUGGGUGACUGCAAUUGAAGCAACAAAUUCAACUGGAUGGGCUCUGCCUUCGUACGUCAUUUUCAAGGCAAAGAAAAACGUACGAUUAGGCUGGUUUGAUGAUCUUCCAGAUGAUUGGAGAAUCGAUAUCAGUGAAAAUGGAUGGACCACAGAUCAAAUAGGAUUAGAAUGGCUUAAAACCCAUUUUAUUCCUCUUAUUAGUGGUCGUACGUUGGGGACAUAUUCCAUGUUGAUUCUUGAUGGUCACGGAAGCCAUUUAACUCCAGAAUUUGAUUGUACGUGUACUGAGAAUAAGAUUAUUCCAGUCUGCAUGCCACCUCAUUCUUCCCAUCUUUACAGCCUCUUGAUGUUGGGUGUUUUGCCGUUUUAAAGCGACAUUAUGGGCAACUUGUUGAGCAGCGGAUGAGGCUGGGUUUUAAUCAUAUCGAUAAAAUCGACUUUUUGACAGCCUUUCCAAGGGCUCGUACAAUGGCAUAUAAGGCUCAAACUAUACGGAAUAGCUUCGCAGCAACCGGAUUAGUGCCUUUCAAUCCGGAUCGAGUUAUUCGACAGCUUACUAUUCAAUUGAAGACACCAACACCACCUCCAAGUCGAUCAAGCAAUACGCAAUCAUCUUGCUUACAGACACCCCAAAAUAUACGUCAAUUUACACGUCAAUCGACUACAAUUAAAAGGCGUAUAAGUGAGCGUACAGGGAGUCCAAACCAAGUGAUCGAUCAGGCAAUCAUGCGGAUGUCAAAGGCUUACGAAACAACUAUGAAUGAGCUUUUACUCGUACGGAAAG